AUGUUCUACAGUCACGAAGUCCUCACCUCGCCCGAGUGCGGCGUUGCGACGAUCUGGCUCGUCGCCACACUCGGAUCCCGAUCUAUCACCAGACGAUUCAAUCGCAAGGCUAUUUUCGACGUUGACGUGCCCGGAGCAUGCAAUGUCAUUGUCAACCCCGAGGCGCCGAUGGCGCUGCGUCUGCAAGGGAACCUGUUAUUCGGCAUCUCACGAGUUUAUCACGAACAGUGCGGCUAUACCCUCCUCGACGCGCAGACCAUGCACGACAAGAUGGUUUCAAUGCUGAGGGCCUUACCUGGCGGAGGACUGGAUCCUGAUGCCGGCAAGGCGAAACCUAGCAAUCUACUUUUACCAUAUGAUCCCGCUUUUAUCCCCGAGACCAACCUCCCCGGUCUCAACAUCGACUUCACCAUGAUUGACCUUCUGGCCGACGAAAUGUCAGGCAAGUGGUCUAAUCUUUUGCUCAAGACACCCCCCGGUAGCGAAUCGAGCGCAUCUCACCUCAGCGUCCGUUUGGAACUGGGCUCAGACGAUCUUCUUCGUGGUGGAGACAUGUCCGACUUUAAUGCUGGGGGUAUUGCAAUUUCCCAGAACGACGGACGCUUGAAGCGAGAGCGCCCGGGAGACGAAGAAGGCGUCUUGCUGCAGCCAGACUUUGAGAUCGAUGAGAAUGGCAAUAUAGUUGAAUUUGACGACAGUAAUCUUUCACCAAGAAAAAGACGGAAGCCCAGCACGGAGCUCGAGGGCAACCAGGGCUAUACUGUGGAUCAGACUGGCGAGGCGAUGGAUCUCACAGAGGAAGUGGCUUUGGCCAGAGACGAUGCCAUGGUGAAUGCCACGUGUAUUAUGGAAACAAUCAAUCCCGUUGAAGGUGGUCAGAACUCGGACAGACCAGCCGAGCAAGAGGAGACCGAAUCAGUGAUGGAGCGACAAGCGCGUCAGUACAACCGGGUUAUCAAGACCAUCAACUCCGACGACACCAUUUCUCUCCGCAAUACAGAUCUCGCACGAUGGAACAAUGAGUACGUGGCCAACAUGGCGCUUGCGUUGAAGCAGAAACAGAAGAACAAGAUCCAAAACAAUGUGAAGAAGAACGGUGCAUUCUGGGUCUUUGGCCAAGGCAUCGGGUCGGUGGGCAUCGGACUAGGCGCAGCACAUGCAAACCACCCACUGAAGUGCUUCUCGGGCGAAGAGCUUUAUGACGCAGUCUGCGGUAAUACCAAACCAUCCACGACCGAAAAAGAAGUCCGCAAGUCUGGCGAUGGAGGCGAUGAAGAUGAAGACCAGCUGCGCCGUGCGCAGGACAAAGGCAAGGGCUCACAGCUGGACAGCGAAAUCGGCCGUCACGCGCCCCCCAGUCUGAUGGAUGAGCACUCCUCCCAAAUGCCAUGGAACCUGGCCUCAGCCCAAAGCUCCCGGAUCGGACGCCUGGGAAGCCUGAGCGAGCUCUCUGGGAAAUUCGGAAUCGGCGACUCGAGUCUCCGAGGAAGCGGAUUUCGACGAGGCCGUCUCACGAGCGCCAGUCCGCUCGCCGGACGAGGAUACCGCGACCACUAUGAUUCUCUUCCCCUCUCGGGUGAAGAGGGUCUCGGCGGAGGACUCGAUGAAGAGCUUGAAAUCUCCAGAUACCUGGAGGCUGAACUUGCGGUCGACAAGGAGGACAUUACGACCUUGUCGCGUCGGACAUCGGCCAUGGACCGCGUUGCGUCGCAGCUGGACCAGGAGAGUAUGAACUUCUUUGAUUUCAUCCGGGAUAUGAUGAUGGUUGGCGAGGAUGGGGAGAGCCUCGGGAUGGAAAUGGCGUUUUCGGACCUUCUCCCGCCCGGCAAGACGUCACGCACUGUGGCUACGCAGGGACUGAUGAAUGUGCUUACGCUUGCUACCAAGGGAGUUUUGACGGUUUCGCAAGAGCCGUACCGUGAUGAUGGGGUUGGGGGUUGGGGGAAGAGAUAUGAUUACGGGGAGAUUUUUAUGCGCAUGGAGGGGUCGUGA